AUGUCGACUAAGCCCGAGUUUAACAUAUUUCAAAGAUUUGAACAAUGCAUCCGUGAAUUAACUCCGACUAGUGCGAUCGAUGUUGGCAACUUGAUUAGUGGCGAAAUUUGCGAAUAUUACUUGUCGAAGUUCGUUGGCGAAAAUAGCGAAGAGCGAAAACUCAAUGGUGUCUUCUAUAGUUGCAUGCAACACGCGAUAACACUGUUAUGCUGCUGCUUACUUAAUUCAAAAAUUUUAACAACGUCACAAAGCGACUUGCCGCUGUCUGUUAAAAAAUCAGUAAUCGACUUUCUUCAAUCUUGCUGCCAUAAAGUUGUAAUACCAUUACGACAAUGUAUGGCAGAAACGACUAGAAAGGACUACGAAUUCAUUUCCUAUGUCCAAUUUUCGGCUUUAUUGAUGUCCUAUACGUUGCUGGAAGUUUUCACUGCCUUUCAAUGUAAUGGUAAAGAAAUACCUACAGAUAUGUAUAAUGCGAUAAUUUCUCUGCAGUGGAAGGAUAAGAGAAUUCAGGUCGUGAAUUGGUCACAAAGGCAAUGUGAUUUGGCAUUAGAAAACUUUAAGAUUCGAUAUUUGUUGACAAUUUAUGCCGUUCAAAGAUCGGUGUAUUCGUUAUUGAUGCCGCAGAAUGAAGAACAAUCAUUUGUCUUUGAAGAUUAUCUAUAUUUUAUCAAUGAAUUGCCAUUUAAUAAAAAUGAUUUAUUGAUAAAUGAUGUCAACUCUGAAGAUAAUGCGAACUUAGAUAGCAGCCCAGUAGCAUUGAUGCUUGUAAUUAAUGAAAAGACUUUCCCUCUUUAUUCUUGGAAAUUAUUGUUGGACAAGUUGCCAUUUUACAUAGCUUAUUUGAAUAAUAGUCAAAUAUUAGAUAUAUGCCGAUCUCUAAUUAAGACGAUGUACUCUUGCCCCAACAGUUGUACUACUAAACGCAAUAGCAGUUAUUAUUCGAUUUCUUGUGGAGCUAUUAUGCAAGCAACAUUGAUCGACUUACAACCUUUUCAGUCGUGCUUAAUGUCAUGUAUUUUAGAUGAAAUGAAACAACUGUUUAAUCCUAUAAGGAAUUCUCUUAAUCUGCAAAGCGUAGUCUUUGAAGCUCUUGGUAAUUUGGCUAGGCCAUCAUUUGAAUGGCAGAGUGCCCUUCACUACCCUAGCUCAGAUGACAAAGCAAGUAAAUCCGUUAACUCUGAAGCCUGGGAUAUUAUAGAACAUGCUCAAAGGCUUAUAGGUGCUAGUGAAAUGAGAUGGUGUAUCGUUCAUAAGCCGCUUCAUUCUGAGGAACUUAGCUCGUUGAAUGAUAUGCAUAGACUAAUCAAGAUUUUCUAUAUGCUUCCUUUGGAUUGUUUACUCCCAGUCAAUUAUACCAGAUGUUUUCUAUCUCUUAUAUGUUGGGAUUGGAUUAUUUCAGGCGCCUUGGAAACGGAAAUAGACUGGAGAUAUCGCCUUCAACUGGAAUUGCGACAGAUAAUGUGGCUUCUCUUGAAUCCUCGUGUAACAUUGAUUAAUACCUGUCAUCGCUUUCUUAAAAGACUAAAUCCUCUCACGGUUCUUGAUAAUCAUUUAUUGACCGAUCUUUCAUCGCUAAAUUCGAAAAAUGCUAGCGCUGAUCGACGAGUGAGCUCUAAAGAAACAAAAGAAUUGCACAAAAUCACAACAGAUAUCGUUAGCUCUGCUUUUCGUAACUGGCUAGGUGGUAAAACAUUACUUAAAUUUGCCUCUAAUUUAAUAAAACAGCUGAGGCCACGGAUUGAUGAUUUCGUUCAAGAAAUUAUGCAGGUUUCUUCAACUUCUGAAAUAGAACAGGUUAUCUUGGAACACAGUCUCCUUCUGAAAUUUAUAUUUUCGGUGUUGGAACAGAUUGCGUUAAGCCAGGAAGCUGUAGCAAUUUUUAACCAAGAAAGAGAUAAUUUCAUCAUAUUAUUUAAAAUUUGUGGUCAUAUCUUGUACCAGUCUGAUGAAGUACCGAAAACCAAACGUUUAAAGUUAAGCAAAGCAUCGAAAAUAAAGAGUAAAGAUGGUAGAAUAGUGGAAGCGAAGGGAGAUGUUGUUAAUAUAUUUAAGAGUUGUCGAAUCUUGAUAGAUAUUUUUCGAUUGUUGUUACAGUUAGUUGAACCUAAUGUCGAAUUCAGUUUCAAUCAGGAAAUACACGAUUUGUAUAAAAUUGCUUUCCAAGAAUUGUCAAAUUUUGCGAGUGAUUUGGUGCCACUUUUAGAAGAUACGGUGUUAAUUAAUGACUCAGCGUUAUGUACAUCUUACGUUAUGUAUACAUCCACGUUCUUGGAGUAUCAUCAUUAUGAAACAAACGAUGAGGAAACGUCUAAUACGGUCAAUAAUUUCAUAACAUUAUUAUUAAAACUGCUGACGCAAUCAAAUGGCUUAAGAAACAGUUCAUCUACUAAAAUCGACAACCAUCAAAUUAAUGAAGUCGCUGAAUUUCGUAACUGUCUACAACAAGCCAUUGUCAAGCUGGUUGUGAAAUCAUUUUCGAGGGAAAAUACAUCAACUUUUGAUAAUUUACUAUGUGAAACUAAAACGGUCUCAGACAAUCUGAUUUUGGACUUAUCAAAUCUGAAAGUGCGCUUGUAUGUAUGGACAGAAUUGAUUGCUAAACUAACAAUAGAGCGAAAGAAGGCAGAGUAUAAAGAUGCAUUUUCAACAUUACUAUUGACUUUAGUUCGUAUGUCAUAUAACUUGGAAGGCAUGUCAAAUAAGUUGUUGGAUAGUGAGACUUGUCUUCUCAUUUUGAAACUGAUUAAACAACUAUUAACGCAAGGGAAGAACUCUUUAACAAGAGAUGCAGUGAGGAGUGCCUUUCAAAUAUGCUCCACAUGGCCAUAUGAAAAGAAUUGUAUAAGCAGCAAAUUAUAUGGUGAUAUUAGUAAGCAAAAAGAAUUGGCGGGAAAGCAACUACUACAUGAAGGGAUAUUUCAGAUUAUUGAAUUUUGCCACGAUUCGGAUUUUACUUACUUGAAUUCGUGCGUCAAGGAAACUAUGAAAGAUUCGCUGAAAGCAUUACAUGCGGACUAUCUUAAGUUUUAUAAAUUCACUGGCAAAAUAUAA